GUACCAUCAGAUUGCAAUCCGGGCUAAGGAUCAACACAAAACCGCUUUUCAGACCAGGUACGGUCUAUACGAGUUUGUGGUAAUGCCUUUCGGCCUUUGCAAUGAUCCUGGCACCUUUCAGCACGCUAUGAAUCGGAUAUUCCAUGACUACUUGGAUAAGUUUGUCAUUGUGUACCUCGAUGACAUACUUAUUUGUAGUAAGACUGUCGAGGAGCACCUUGCACAUUUGGACAAAGUCCUCAGUCUCCUGCGACAGCACAAGUUCAAGAUCAACGGUGAGAAGUGCGAGUUUGGCCGCACCCGUGUCUUGUACUUGGGUCAUGAGAUAUCCGCGGAAGGGUUGAAGCCCGAUAACGCGAAGGUGGCCAGCAUUCGUGAUUGGCCAUGUCCUCAGUCUGUGACUGAGAUGACAUCUUUCUUAGGAAUGACAGGCUACUAUAGGACUUUCGUUAAGAACUAUAGCAUAAUGGCCGCUCCUUUGACUGAUCUGACCCGCCUUGACACCCCAUGGGAGUGGACAGAUGAGUGCGAGGCUGCUUUCAGACAUUUGAAGCAUGCGUCGACGCUCUAUGAGGUCUUGAAACUUCCUGAUCCUGAUAAGUCGUUUAUAGUCACCACGGAUGCCAGCCAAUAUGGCAUUGGCGCCGUGCUCGCGCAGCAGGAGGGGCCAAAGUUGAGGCCUGUGGAGUACAUGUCCAAGAAAAUGCCGUCUCAGAAGUUGGCUAAGUCCACCUAUGAGAAGGAACUCUAUGCCGUUUACAAGGCUCUGACCCAUUGGAGACACUAUCUCCUUGGGAGGUUCUUCAUCCUCAGGACUGAUCAUCAGACCCUGAGAUGGAUGAGAACUCAGUCGGUGCUCUCUGACGCUCUCAAGCGUUGGAUCGAAGUCAUUGAGCAAUAUGACUUUGACCCUCAGUAUCUGAAAGGGGAGUACAACAAGGUUGUUGAUGCUUUGUCGCGUAAACCUGAUUUCUCAGGUGCGCUAAUGAUUGAGUUCGAUCUGACGAACAAUGUUACUCAGUCCUUGGUGGAAGCCUAUCGCGAGGACCAGUUCAUGUCUGAGAUCAUACGCAGACUGCAGGCGAAGGACAAGAAGACCUCUACCGAGUUUGAAUUGGUCAAUGGCUUACUGUUCCUUGAGAAGGCAGGGAAUAAACAAUUGUGUGUCCCUAAUAGCGAGUCUUUGCGUAGUUUAUUUUUAGGUGAGUGUCAUGAUGCCACCGGCCAUUUUGGGUACAAGAGGACUGCAGCUAAUCUCCUGCAGCGGUUCUGGUGGCCCACGAUGAUGCGAGAUGCCCAGCUGUACGUGGAAACUUGUCAAGUUUGUCAGAGGGACAAGCCAUGUACACAGGCUCCUCUUGGGCUACUGAAGCCCCUUCCGAUUCCGAAACGGCCUGGUGAGAGUCUGUCCAUGGACUUCAUGGAUACUCUGAUCACCAGCAAGAGUGGGAUGCGACACAUCUUCGUCAUCGUGGAUAGAUUUAGUAAGUAUGCUGGGUUAGUAGCAAUGCCGAAAACAACAAGGACCGAGUAUGUGAUCAGAAUGUUCAAGGAGAACUGGGUUAGGGACUUUGGGUUACCGAAGUCUAUUAUUAGUGGCAGGGAUGUCCGAUUUACCAGCGAACUGUGGAAGGCCGCUGCUGCAGAGCAGGGAACCCAGUUGCAAACGACUUCUGGGAAUCACCCAGAGGCCAACGGCCAGGCCGAGCAACUGAACCGCACUGUACAACACCUGUUGAGGCAUUACAUCAAGCCCAACCAGGAGAAGCUUGCACUCAUCGCGAGUCUGUAUAACAAUGCGGUACACAGUGCCACCAGGGUGAGUCCGAACAGUUUGCUACUGACUUUCAAGCCUAGACUACCCUUAGAUUUUCUCCUUCCUGAGAAUCAGUGGACUGCGGCACCAGGUACAUUAGAGUUUGCUUACCACUAUGAACAGAAGAUGCAGCAGGCUGUAGAACAGAUGCAAAAGGCACAGGCGGCUAUGAUAGAAUCUGCGAACAAACACCGCCGUGAGUCUUCAUUUCAGGUUGGGGACAAAGUUUGGGUUAAGUCCUCAGAACUGGGACAGGAGCACGGGAUCUCCCGCAAGCUCAUGCCACAGUACUUUGGACCUUGGGAAGUUUUAGACAUCGUUGAGACAGAUCCGGAUGGGCCAUCUUAUGUUAUCCGGAUCCCUGGUCAUCUUCAAACUUACCCUAUCUUUCACGCCUCCAAGCUUGCACCUUUCAAGGAAACAGAUGAGUUUCCUUUUCGUCGCUCAAUGCUCCCCCCAACCAUGGAUGGAGAAGUGGACAUCGAUGACAUUGUGGAUCACAGGGAGCUGCCAGCUCAGAGACCUGCAGGAAGGGGACGUCCUCCGAAGCCGAAGCUGCAGUACCGCGUUCGGUUAGGACAUCAUACUGAUCCCAAGGAGGACCAUUGGUUUACGAGGGAAGAACUCAUGCAGGCCGCUCCUCAAGUUGUAGCUGAUUAUGAGAAAUCUCUGCAGAAGGGAAAGCGCCCCAUGAUUGAAGACUGAGCUUCUCAAAGGACUGUUGAAGCUAAGGAGGAGGGAAUGCGAGGCCGCUGCCUCUAUGAGCCCCAUAAGGCCCCAUUUUGCAGC